AUGAGGACUAAGUCUCCAAAGCCAGGUGCUACUCCGGAGUCUAAAAGCAAGCAGCUCUUGAAUGGUAAAGUCACUCCAGUGAGACCUGGAUCCAAACGUCCAGUCCCUGUCGGCAGUGAUGAGAGUGAUGCGGAUGUCGAGACAGGUGUGUUGUGUGGUGAUGCUGAUGAACUGAGAACGUCUCACAAGAAACUGAAAUUGGAAACUGAGAAAGAAAUGGAAUUGAAGAAGGGUCCUAGAAAUGCCGAAGAAGAAGAGGACGAGGAAGAUGAUGAUGAGGAGGAUGACGACGAUGAUGAUGAUGAUGAUGAUGAGGAGGAGGAUGACGACGAGGAAGAAGACGAUGAUGAUGAAGAGGAGGACGAUGAUGAUGAUGAUGAUGAUGAGGAGGAUGACGAUAGUGAGGAGGAUGAAGACGAAGAACCAAGUGAUGACAACAAUGAAGACAACUCCAAUCUGAAUCUCAAGAAAGGUAAAAUUGCCAACAACUUAGUUGCACAGAAGGUUAUUCAAAAGCCUGAUUCGUCACCAAAGAAUGAGAAACAGAAGGAAAGUAAAGUACCGAGCACACCAAGUAAAGCAAUUGUGUCAGGGCCACAAGGUAGCAGUACAUCAGGGAAGAUCCUCAUACUGAAUGGACCUGACAACUUGAACGGUCUGAAAGAAUUCCUCUCUAAGAUAAGUCCAGUGACCAGCUUAGGCAAGGUGGAGCCUGCACCUAUAAUGGCUACUGUCACCAACAUUAACAUGUUCAAAAGCCGACUAAAGUCAGGGAAGUUGGUGUUCCAUGGGAAAGAGCUCGAAGUAAUACCCGUGGGUGGAGUUGAUGAUGACGAAAAAGGAAAGCCCACCAAGACUUUGUUCGUAGGUGGAAUCCCAAAAUCGUUGACAAUUGAACAACUAAAAAGUCACCUCCCCAGUAACUGCCGACCGGUUUUUCAGAGGCUGCUAACUAAAAACCCAAAAUCCAAUAGUGCUUUUAUGUCCUUCUCUUCUAUUGAUAUUGCAAAACAAGCUCACCAGAUUUUCGACUCGUUGAAUGUGGAAGGUCAACAGCUCAAUUCCAACUUCGCUAGAGAUCAACAGCCUCGAGCUGGUUCUGAUAUCGGCGCAAGGGCUGCAGUAUUAGACUGUCAUCUUCAUCCAAACGACUUGCGUGAGAUGUUCCCAACAUGUGUAGACGUUCAGUGGAUCCAGAAAAAACGAAAGGCAAUUCUUAAAUUUCCUUCUCUGGAAGUCCGCCAGACUGCUGUCUCACAGCCAAAGUUCCACGCUGGUCAAAAGCUAAAACUGGCAUUAACAGGUGGACCAGAACUCAAGACUGCUACAGUUUGGGGUUUUCCAACUGAUACAAAAGAAUCAGACAUCAAAGGACUAUUUAGCGGAGUCGUUUCAGUCUCACGUGACACAACUGCCAAACACCAAAGUCCGCCCAUGACCGUCGAGUUUGAGACCGCUUCAGACUGCAGCAAUGCUAUUUCUUCAAAUCCAACUCUAAAAGGUCGCCGCUUAAACAUAUUUUUAAAAGAGGUUUGUAUUGAUGAUUGUGCUGACACACAACAGAAACAGUCUGGGCCACCUGCGAAGAAAGCUAAAUCUGUAGAAGUAAGUAGUGCUUCGAAGACCAAGGUUGCGCCCAAAAUCUCAAAGCCGGAGGAAGUGGGUGAUGAAGACGACGACGAGGAUGAGAAUGACGAGGAAGAGGAUGAAGAUACAAGUGAAGAGGGUGACGAAAGUGAAGAAGACGACGACGAAAGUGAGGAGGAAAGCGAAGAAGCGGAUGGAAGUGAAGACGGAAGUGAUGAAGACGCUGAAAUGGUCUCACCUAAGAGUAUGAAGAACAAAAAGUUUUCUAACUCGCAAGACAAGAAAUCAUUUGGUGGAUUUCCAAAAGCGGACAAUCGUCCGGGAGAUCGAGACAACUUUAAAUCGCAGCACAGGUUUGGUGGUGAUUUCAAGCACAAUUCGUUCCGUGGUCGUGGUGGUCGGUCUCGCGGUCGCGGUGGCCAGUCACCUCAUGGUCGGGGUGGGCAGUCUUUCCGUGGUCGUGGUGGAAACCGUGGGGGUUGGCAAAAACGCGGUGGUUCUGGUUAA